AUAAAGGGACUGGGGACAAGAUUAACUGCUAGCCAGGGGGUGGCCAGAUGUGGCGGUGAGAGCUCCUGACCAGGAGGUCCACAUCACCUUACCUAAUACAUUUGGGAUUGUGGGCAAGACUAAUUGUCGCAUACAGACUCAGAAUGGGCCGGGGCAGUUCAGUAGCCAAAAGGCAUACUGAAAAAACACAACAUAAUCUUUUUUAAACAUCUCAUGAUUUUUUGGGCCAAUCUCAAGAUUUUUUUGGAGUCUGAAUCAUGAUUUUGGAGUUUGAAUCACUGAGGUCGGCGAUGCUGAUAACCAUACACAGAGUUCAUAAUAUGAAAUAGCAUUCAUAAGCUGUACAUAGAUUGCCAUAUCAUCACCGGUGCCUACUCAGACAAAACUCCUAUUGACUUCAAUGGAAGUUAUGUUGAAGGACUAUAGGAUUUGUUUCCAAGUUAAGGUGGCACCAAGGGAAUACAAAUCUCCUAUAGGUCUCUAUGAGGCUGCUAAUCAAUUGUGAUGUGGACACCUUUCCAUUAGGAACCUUCCAUGGAACUAUCAGAAUAAUGUACUAGUCAACGUGAGUAAGGGUGACAGAAUCUGACCCUAAAUAAUUAGAUAAACCAUGUAAUAAAUAACCCCUAGGAACAAAAAUGCAACAUUUCACUGUGCACUGAUAUAUUUCAUUCAGGGCAGAACCUGAGGGCUGCAGACUUUCCAGAUUUAAUUUAAGAACACAAGCCAGUAAAUCACCAUUGCAAAACACACUGUUUGUUCUACUUUCCCAUGUGACAAUCUUGAACACAUUUGUUAUUUUAAUCAAAUUGGCAGAGAUAAAAUGGGGUAUAAAGGACAGAGUGCAGUAACUAGUGCUAUGGCUCACACUACUUCAUCCAGCUGUUAUAAAAUGCAGGCCAGUCCUAUUCUCCUUUUGGUUGGCUUAGCCUAUGUCUGCCCAGUCUUUGGUGAAAGAGAAAUCCGCGCUAAUGGCACUUUCUCAGACAGAAAGUAUUACAGCUCAAUAAACGUCACUAAUGGAGGACCUUGGGGCACUUGGACAUGGACUGAUAUGUGCCCAGAACAUUUCUAUGCUACGGGAUAUAGCGUAAAGGUGGAGGAGUAUCGAGGAGCUAGUGAUGACACUGCACUAAAUGGGAUCCGUUUAUUUUGCAUACAAAUCAACAGUACGAAUAGUGCUGUCUAUACCGUUGAAUCUGAUUCUGGAAAGUUUGGGCAAUGGUCAGGAAUCACUUGGUGUCCAACUGGGUUCCUAACAUCCUUUCAGCUGAAAGUUGAAGAGCCACAAGGAAUUUUAGACGAUACAGCCGCUAACAGUAUCAAAUUCCGCUGUAGCAGUGGUGCUAUCAUAGAAGGAACAGGCGGUAGUUUUGGUGAUUAUGGUGGAUGGAGUAAUUCGUGCACAAGAGGUGGAAUUUGUGGCAUUGAAACCAAACAGGAACCAUACCAUAAUAUUUUUAUUGAUGACACAGCACUCAAUGAUGUUCGUUUCUUCUGUUGUGACUGAUUUCUAUUGUUGAAUGUUAUUUUCUGGGAUUUCCCAAAGGCUGACACCUGCAUUGUUCUGAACAGAACAUUCUGUUAUUUUCAGCCUUGUGCCAAGCCCCACUGCAAAGUCAAUUUGCUCUAAAUCUUAGUAAUAGUAACAUUUUCUGUCUCUUUAAAAAAAGUCGCAAUAAAUUAGGUUUCAAUAGUGAUGUGCUGCCCCCUAAUGACUGUCUGAAAGCUGUGAUUGAUUGAUAUGGAAAUGAAUUGUGAGCUGAUCUAAAGGAAAGCCAGGUAGUUAGGAAAAGGCUCCAUCCUGCAAUCACCUCUCUGUUUUGCCAAGCUUCUCCCCCUCCUAUUUUGGAAGUACCUGAAGGUGUCAGCCCUAUUUGAUUUCAUUCCUAAUUUAAGGACUCCAGAUAAAGUGUUCAUGCAAGUUAGACUUUCUGACACAGAGAGCCUGACACUAUGGUCCUCAUAUUAUAAUAAUUGCUGUUAACUUCAGUGAGAGACUUGAGGUCAGAAGGGAUGCAUGAUCACACUCCCAGUAAAAGAACCUUGAUGAGUUACUUUUGAGGACCAUCUAUGAGACCCAUGGUGAGUAAGGGGCUAUAGGAAUCCUCUUUUCUAGAGUCAGCAAUGUCAACACUCUUAUUCUUUAAAGUAGCUAGCAGCAGAUACAGAAAAAGGAAGCAAACACCAAUAUGUUCUUUUUACGUAGCUAUAAAGUCUUGUGCACCUAAAGUUCUUCCAUUUUCUGCUUUCAACUGGAAGUUUUACAACUUUGCUUUAGUACAUUAGUGAUACUUUGCUUUAGUACAUUAAUUCUUCCCAACGUUUUAUGAGCCAAAAUGGAAUGCUUCAAUAAAUUUCAUGUCAAAAUA